AUGUCGUCGUCGAUAGCGAUACCCAAGCGCAAGCAGCCCGCCUCUGGUAGCUCUGGCUUUGCUUCUGCGUCGUCGUCUUCGUCGUCUCCCUAUCCCAGCUGGGCCAACAACGCUGCCUCUCCUUCCUUCUCACCCUCAUCGCUGGCCUCGACGUCUGCUUCUCCGUCUUCGGCUUCGACUCCAUCCGCCAUGGCCCGCUAUGCCGAGAGAAGACCAUCACUGCUUGGCUUCGACUGGAACCAGGGUACGUCAAGCUUAUUCAUCCAUCAUAUCUCCUGCCAUGCAUCUAACGCUGAUCACANNGACAUCUUCCUUCCUUCCUACCUCGACUACGACUCGUCAGACCUCGAGCACAGACCCGACCCUGUCCAGGAAAUCAUCCUCACAGACGAGGAGGCCGCCGCCAUUCUUCCCAAGUAG